AUGGCAUCCGAUGUGGGGGCGAUCGCAGCACUCUGCAAGGAGUCCUUCGACUUGGAAGACAAGGCAAAGUCCGGCCGCCUGGCUCAGGCGCCAUUCAAGUCGGCGCUGCGCCGGGUUUUUGCCGGCCUUGCCGGUGCCGUGCCGCAGCCGGAUGAUGCGUGGUUCGGGAAGGUCUUCGACAGCUACGCCGCGCGCUGCGGCGGCAAUGGGGUCUCGCUUAGGGCGAUGGAGGAUGCUGCCAAACAGUUCGUCGCGCACCACCAGCGCAAGGUGCAAGCCGCGACGGAGCAGAAGCCCGCCAAGGGCAUCGAGUCCUCGGGCGCUGCCCUGUCGGGUCUCGUGCCGCCGCCCAAGCAGGUUGUGCAAAACUCUGCUGGCAUCCAGGGCGGCUACGCCAUUCCCAACCAGGUGCCCUUCCCUCCAAACGUCCAGGGCUAUGUGCACGAGGCUUCUGGCAGGAGAGCCGCGGGAACGGUCGAGUUGGCUUCCGCGGUGAUGUGCCCCAUGAAGCAGGGCGCGGGGGUCCACGAAGAGUACACCUUCGACCAAAAGCUUGGUGAGGGCAGCUUCGGGCAAGUCUGCGUGGUGACCCACAAGAUCACGGGCCAGCGCCGCGCCUGCAAGCGCGUGUCCGUGCAGACGGAGACCGACCGGAGGCUCGUGGAUACGGAGAUCCAGCUCCUGAAGAAGCUGGACCAUCCGCACAUCAUGCGGCUCUCUGAGUGCUUCGUGGAGCGCCAGGGCCUCUUCUUGAUCUCGGAGCUCUGUGAGGGCGGCACGCUCCUCGCCGGCUUCGCCCGACAUGGCUCGGAGACCGCGGCAGCUGCGGCGAUUCGUCAGAUCCUGGGCGCCACGGCCUACUGCCACAGCCGUGGCGUCAUUCACAGGGACUUAAAGCCGGACAAUGUGCUCUACGCCACCAAGGCACCGGAUAGCCCGAUCAAAGUCAUCGACUUUGGCUUGGCAGACUUCCUCCAGCGCCUCCGCGCGGCAGCUGGAGGGAAAGCCAUGGAACGGGCUGGCACGCUGGUCUUCAUGGCUCCCGAGAUGCUUGCUUCGCAAGGAGAUGGCGCGUACGGAGAGAAGGUCGAUGUCUGGGCCAUCGGAUGCAUCCUGUACCUUCUCAUAACAGGCCAGCACCCCUUCUACCCCGGCCGCGGAGCCAGCGAGCCCGAGAUCGUGGCCAGGAUCCGGCAGGGGCAGGUGCCCAGCCACCCCAACCUCUUAGCAGCUCCGGCCCCCGCGCGCGAUCUCACCCUCCAGCUGAUGGUGGCCAACCCCGCGCGCCGCGUAAGUGCGGCAGACGCUCUGCGGCACCCCUGGCUCCAAGACAAUGCUGAAGGCGCUGUCACAGGAGGGGCCAAGGUCUUGGACAAGUCCGUCUUCGACGGCCUUUGCAAGUAUCAGGCCUCCAGCAAGCUCAAGCGCGCUGUUUUGAAGCUUCUUGCCAAAGAGGCUGACGAAGAGCGUGUGAAGACUCUUCGCGAGCAGUUUCGAACCCUGGACGUGCAGCAGGAUGGCUUCCUUUCCCGGGAGGAGCUGCUGGCUGGCCUGCGCCAGUGCGAGGGGUUCAGGGACAUGACGUCGUCGGACUUGUUUCGGAUCCUUCCUCCAGACCUCUUCGGUGAGAAGAUCUCAUUUACGGACUUUACUGCGGCUCUCCUGGCUCGCCAGGGCUUCGGCAAAGCCGAGCUCAUGGCGGCCUUCAGGCGCUUCGACGUGCGCAAGGAAGGCAAGAUCUCCCUGGCUGCCCUUUCUGAAGUUCUGAAGAACGCGGGGCCCGCCUCGAAGCUCGAGGCCUUCAAAGAAGCGGACGUCGGCAAGGAUGGCGCCAUCGAUUUCGACGAGUUCUGCGCGCUGAUCAAUGCCUGA